AUGGUAAGCGACUCCGUUGUCCAUUCACUCGCAGGCGCCGCCGGAGGCAUCGUCGCCAUGUCCGCAACAUACCCACUCAUAGUCUUAUCGACGCGCGCUGCAGUCGACGCGAAGAAUGACUCCAAGGGUGUAGCUCAAAAUUUCCUCCAGAUUAUCAAGCGGGAGGGUAUUGUGGGCCUCUACAGCGGCCUGAGUCCAAGUUUGCUCGGGAUAGCUGUCACAAACGGGGUGUAUUAUUAUUUCUAUGAACGUUCUCGAGGGAUUAUUCUGAAUUCGAGGCAGGGGAACAAGGCUCUUAGUGUGCUGGAGUCGAUGUUAGCAGGCGUUAUCGCUGGAUCAGCAACCACCAUAAUCAGCAACCCGAUAUGGGUUGUACAGACGUCUCAAGCCGUUGGCACAGUAGAACCUUCCCCUGGACCCUCUGAACUACCCCGUUCACAUGCGGCACCAAGACGGCCAAGUGUCUUCCAAACCAUUCAAACCAUUUUCGCUAAAGACGGGCUAAACGGGUUCUUCCGUGGGCUCGGCCCUGCUUUGGUGCUCGUAGUCAACCCUGUGCUGCAGUACACAGUAUUCGAGCAGCUGAAGAAUUUUUUGAUUAAGAAAAGGACCUUGAAGAUGAGGGCGAGAAGCUCUGGAAGUGCGGUUGCAGUCUUGUCUGACUGGCAUUUCUUUUUUUUGGGUGCACUUUCGAAACUCGUCGCAACGGGCACAACGUAUCCUUACAUUGUCAUAAAGAGCAGACUACAAGCUGGGCAAGCACAUGCAGAGCAAUAUAAAUCCUCUCUCGAUGGUUUGGCUACGAUCUUGAAAGAGGAAGGUAUCCAAGGGCUGUACAAAGGUGUCGGCACCAAACUCCUCCAGAGUGUCCUCACCGCUGCAAUAUUGUUUGCUGGACAGAGGAGGAUAUAUGAGCUUACGAAGAAGGCUGUAACGUAG